AUGGACAUCCCAGUUUACAUGGCGCCAGCAGAUUUCAUAAGGAUACUGAAAUACAACCUGAUGUAUUUCUAUUUUCCUUUCCCCAUUUCUGAGAGUUUUCUUGUAACAGAGGCAAACCUCACUACAGUGUGUUAUCCAAACACCACUGGAACCCUACAGUGCAGGUGUGAGGAGCAGUACGGCUGGUCAUGUGACAAGUGUGCCACCUAUGGUGAGUGCAGCAACACUACAACAGAAACCUGCAGCUGCAUCAAUGGGAUUCCUCCUGAGGGGCAGUUUUGUGAGACAAUCACAAGUCUAGCUCCAUGUCCUUCACAGUCAUCUGCCGCAUCGACAGCAACACCCACAACAACCACACCUGCAGCAUCGACAGCAACACCCACAACAACCACAGCGAAAGUUCUUGUGCAGAGCCGUGAGUUCACCAUGGACAUAGAAUUCAAACCGGAAUACAACGACCCGAGUAACUCUCUCUUCAAGGAAAUCGACAACACUCUUAAAUUAAGCUUCCAGGCGGCCAUGACGGGUUAUAGAUCAGCAGGCUUAGUGCGCUUAAGGAGUGGGAGCAUCAUCGCCGAAUAUACCGUCAGGAGCACCUCUUUUGACCCCUUAGAAAUAAUUGCUGCAGAGUGGGGAGUUUUCACACAGCUGGGAGAAAAAUACCAUAUCAUAACUAAAAGCAGUAGCUCCGCUUGCAUCACCCAUAACUACACGAUCCUCAACUGUGUCAACCGCCAAAAGCAGCUCACUUGUGAAGAGAAAAACAACCAGCAAUUCAAAGUGCAACUAACGGUCAUCUUGUCCGAUGAGGAAUUUGUAUGUCUGAAUCAUGAUGUCUUUGGCAAUGGAAAGGUUGGUGACAAGGCCAUAGCUCCCUGCAAAGAAGAUGAGACUGGCGAGAGGACUGCCACUUGUAAAGCAAGUGGCAAAUGGGAGGAUGAGCAAAACAACUGUGUCCUCAAAGUGAUUGAUGAACUGCGUGCCGAGUCUGAGUUUCUGGAUGCGAAUACACUUCCAAAUUUUUUGGAACGACUCCGCAACGUCUCUGUCAACUUCAUCGAGCGAGUGGUUCAAUCACCUGCAAACAUUGGCGCAAUUGUUGACAUAGUGGAUCGGGUGGCAAACACAUCCUUGUCUACCCCUAUAAAUAAAGUUCUGAUGGAGAAUGUCCUCAUAGUUGCAAAUGUCCUGUCGUCAAAUGAAGCUAAGGAUUCAUGGAACUUCCUAAACGCCAAUUCCACCAGAAACUACGGUUCAGAAGUAAAAUCAGGAACACCUAAGGCUAGAAGCGAGAGCUCACUCUUACUGCUUUCAAUUGAGAUGAUAUCAAAUGCCCUUACCAACGAAUCUUUUGAAAUCGUCACACAGCUUAUUCUCCUGAACAAGACUACAUUCACAGACUCCUUCAGUGCUGACCUUAACUCUUCCGUGGGGAUAGAUAUACCAAUGUCUGAUGGCUCACUAAAAUUUAUCACCACAAUAAACUUUGCCACGAUGGACAACAUACUCCCUGCAAGAAAUGCCGACAACGAUACGCGCAAUGCCAUUAAUGGAAACGUGGUUCUGGUGAAGUCCAGUGAUAUUAUAAACAAUGUGUCGUUUGCCUUUGAUGUGUUUAAUACAUCUCUGGACAACCCUCAGUGCGUCUUCUGGAACUUCAGCCUCUUCAACGAUCUCGGGGGCUGGGAAGAUGAGGGAUGUGAAUUGGUGCGGAAUGGUAAUGAAACUGUGACUUGCAACUGCAACCAUCUCACCUCCUUCUCUAUCCUCAUGUCACCCUUCAUUCCAGAAUCCUUGCAGAAAGCCUUGGAUUUCAUCACCUACAUAGGAGUUGGCAUCUCCUUGUCGUGUCUGGUCAUAUGCCUCAUCAUCGAAGCUAUAAUUUGGAGAAAAAUAAGCAGAAACAGUACUUUAUACCUGCGCCAUGUUUCCAUUGUUAAUAUCGCCAUGUCCCUCCUAAUUGCAGACAUAUGGUUUAUCAUCGGGGCACAUACAUCAGAUGAGAACAAUUCCCUGGCAUGCAUCGCGGCGACAUUCUUCAUACAUUUGUUUUACCUUGCCCUGUUCUUCUGGAUGCUGGCAUCAGCCCUGCUGUUGCUCUACCGCACAGUCAAAGUCUUUGAAGGGGGUUUGACUGAAAAAACCAUGAUGGGUAUCGGUUUCUCUCUGGGAUACGGGAUGCCUCUUAUUAUUACUAUCAUAACCAUAGCCAUCACCGCGCCCGACAACUACAUUCGGGAUACAGGUGUCUGCUGGUUGAACUGGUAUGAAUCUAAGGCUCUGCUGGCAUUUGUGAUCCCUGCCCUGUUGAUCAGCGUCACAAAUUUAGUGAUCCUGUUGGUGAUGUUGUACCAAGUGUUGAAGAGGAGGAGUAUCAGGGACUCUGCAUGGGCCUCUGAGAGGAAUGUGUUAGUGGUCAUUGCUAGAAGUCUGGCUGUCCUCACACCUUUUUUCGGAACCACGUGGGGCCUUGGGGUAGGAACCAUGACCAACCCGAGCAACGAAGCGAUCCAUAUUGCUUUUGCAGUCUUCAAUUCAUUACAGGGCUUCUUCAUAUUGGUGUUUGGGACACUACUGGACCAAAGGGUCCGGUCAGAACUUACAAACAUUUCAUGUGAUUUUAUCAGUCGUACAAGAAGCAACAGCGCUGGAUUAACACUAUCAAGUAAAUUUGGAUUUUUGCAGAAACGGAAACGAGGAAGAGAUGGGUACAACAUGACGUCUGGUGCAUCACAGCUUUUCACCAACAGCUGAAAGCUCUACAAGUUCACUGUUAUAAAAUGGGAGCUGACUGAGACAUGAUGCAAUGGCUCGAAAUGACCGAGGCCCAAUGAGGAUGCACAUGAUCAAAACCGUUUUAGUGCACUUCACCAUCACCUGUCCUGAGUAUAACCACAUUAGAAAUCAUUACUACCCAAAAAUUGAACAGAUCCACCUGAACUUCAGAAGCCUCCCUGACAUCAGCAAACUAGCCACCCAACUAGGAGAGGAGAAGACAAACUAGCCAUCCUACUGGGAGAGGAGAAGACAAACUAGCCAUCCUACUGGGAGAGGAGACGACAAACUAGCCAUCCUACUGGGAGAGGAGAAGACAAACUAGCCAUCCUACUGGGAGAGGAGAAGACAAACUAGCCAUCCUACUGGGAGAAGAGAAAUCAAGCUGCAACACAGCAGCUACAGAUAUUGUUGCAUGUCUCAAUCUGAGGGACAGUGAGUGAAC